AUGGCUAUCCAAAAGCUUCUUUGGGCUUUGUUUUCUCAAUUGGUUCUCCUUCUUUUGUUCUUAGAUUUCACUAAUGCAUGGGGUUUGCAGCUUGGGUUCUACAGGAGGAGUUGCCCUAACGUAGAGAAAAUUGUCCAUACAACUCUUCACAAAUACAUUUCGAGAGAUCUCACUCUUGCUGCUCCACUGUUGAGAAUGCAUUUCCAUGAUUGUUUUGUCAGGGGAUGUGAUGGUUCUGUGCUAUUAAAUUCUAGGAACUGUAACCUAGCCGAGAAAGAUGCAAUCCCAAAUCAAACCUUAAGAGGGUUCCAAGUAAUUGAUGCUGUGAAAUCAGCACUAGAAAAGAAAUGCCCUGGUGUGGUUUCUUGUGCUGAUACCUUAGCCUUAGUAGCUCGAGAUGCAGUUUCAAUGAUUGGAGGACCAUUUUGGGAUGUUAAAACUGGACGCAGAGAUGGAAGAGUGUCAAUUGCCUCAGAGGCUUUAACACAAUUGCCAUCUCCCUUCGCUAACAUAAGCCAGCUUAAAGAAAAUUUUGCUGCCAAGGGUUUAAGCGUUAAGGACCUUGUGGUUCUAUCAGGAGGACACACAAUUGGUAUUGGGCAUUGCUUUAUAAUCACAAACCGCUUAUACAAUUUCACAGGCAAAGGCGACACUGACCCAUCACUGGACCCCAAAUACGCAGCAGCAUUGAAGAAAAAAUGCAAGCCAGGAGGAGACAUCAAGGCAGUUGCAGAAAUGGACCCUGGAAGCUUCAAAACAUUCGAUGAAGAUUACUACACUAUUGUAGCUAAAAGAAGAGGGCUCUUCCAAUCUGAUGCAGCUCUUCUUGAUGAUGUAGAAACCAGAGCUUAUGUCCAACGUCAGUCUCUCACACAUGGAUUGAACUUUGCUCAUGAUUUUGCUGAUUCAAUGAUUAAACUGGGUUACGUUGGAGUACUCACUGGUCGCCGAGGUGAAAUCAGGAAACGCUGCGCUUUCGUCAAUUAA